GCGACGGUGUCUGAAGAGACUCGGCGCGUGGUGCCAACGCUGGCCUCCCGGCUUGGAAGCUGCUAGAAGACCAGACGCUGUCCGCUUUCCCUUGGUGGUCCACCCACACCUAGUCCCGCCUGGAGAUGGCAGACGAUCUUGGAGACGAGUGGUGGGAGAACCAGCCUGCAGGAGCAGCCAGCAGCCCAGAACUUACAGAGAAAGGACAUGUUUGGGAACCAAGAAGAAUUGUGCCAUGCUGUAUGUACCACACAGUAGGAGGAGUCCCAGGAGAUAAGUGGCGAACAAUGAGUAAGUUGUCUCACUGGGGUGACAUUUCAUUUGAUGGAAUUUUCCAUUUGGCAUCAGAUGGUGAAGGAAGAGGAGACACAGAAAUGAUGCAGCAGGAGACAGCUCCAGUUCCUGCCCUGUCAAAGAAAACCAAACAGCCUAAAGAAUGUUUCUUAGUACAACCAAAGGAAGCAAAAGAAGAUGCCACCAAGACAAGGAAGAGAAGAAAGAAGAAGAUUACUGAUGUUCUUGCAAAAUCAGAGCCAAAACCAGGGACUCCUGAAGACCUACAGAAGCUGAUGAAGGACUAUUAUAGCAGCAAUCGCUCAGUGAUUGAGUUAGAGGAACUAAACCUACCAGACUCCUGUUUCCUCAAGGCCAAUGAUUUGACUCAUAGUCUUUCAUCAUACCUAAAAGAAAUCUGCCCUAAGUGGGUAAAACUUCGGAAAAAUCAUAAUGAGAAGAAAUCGGUCCUGAUGCUGAUCAUCUGCAGCUCUGCCCUCCGGGCCCUGGAGCUUAUUAGGUCAAUGACAGCAUUCAGAGGAGACAGCAAAGUUAUGAAAUUAUUUGCAAAACACAUAAAGGUCCAGGAGCAGGUAAAGUUGCUGGAGAAGCGUGUUGUGCACCUGGGUGUAGGAACUCCAGGAAGAAUUAAAGAACUCAUUAAACAAGGUGGCCUUAAUUUGAACCCCUUAAAAUUUCUGGUUUUUGACUGGAACUGGAGAGAUCAGAAGUUGAGGAGGAUGAUGGACAUUCCCGAGAUAAGAAAGGAGGUUUUUGAACUUCUGGAAAUGGGAGUCCUCAGUCUGUGCAAGUCAGAAUCUUUGAAGCUGGGCCUUUUCUAAGUCUGGGUCCUAUGAAAAUUCCAGUUUUUAUGGGAUUUGCAUCUCGUUUAAUAGCUCUGGAAUAUUGCAAGCACUCAGUAAAUAUCAGCUAUUGUUUUAUUAUGUUAACUGCAUCACCAGAUGAAUCACUAGAAAUUUUUGAUGGAGAUUCUUUGACAAAACUGAAGCUGUCCUUUGCCAACCUCUCUGUAUAAUAAAGUAUCACCAGCUUG